UUCAGCGGCGCCGCCUCGCGCGCCGCCGCCCCGACCACCGUCAAGCCCAUCGGCGCCGCGGCCGACGCCGAGCUCGCCUCCUUUGGCGAGGCUGCCGGCGCGGUCAAGAAUGGCGACGUCUCGCUCGCCGACUCCACCGCCAACUCCGUCGGUGUCACGUGCGGCGGCGGCGGCGCCCCUGUGUGGUGCGCGGAGCCGCCGCCGCCGCUCACCGAGCUCUGCGUCUCCGAGGAUCCGAUAAAGGCCUCGGGCUCCACGAGCAACGAGACGGUCUGCACGACCGCCACGGCCCACUCCAAGGGCGAGGCCGACGAGACGGACACAAAGAACAAGCCUGUCCCGGGCUCCACGACGGACGAGGCGGAUUGCACGACCGCCACGGCCCACUCCAACGUCGAGAUCGGGAUCGGUAAGACCUACCCGACUACCUCCAUGAAGCUCAACAUCGGCGCCUACGCCGAGCUCGCCCCCUUAUUUGACGAGACUUCCGGCGCGACGAAGAUCGGCGACCCCUCACUCGAGGAGAGCUUCACGACCGCCACGGCCCUCUCAGAG